CAGCGCUGAGGGCGGAGCUUGUUUUCCUACGUGACGGUGGGCUGGGUCAGUGACUAACAGUACACACGUAGCUACGACACGCAACACAGCGAUAUCAACAGCUAGCCCGUUGAAAUGCCUCGCGGAGACCUCGACCCACCCCUCAAUACUCGUCCGUGGGAGCACAUUGUUGUCUUACUUCAUUGGUAGGACCGCGUGGAGACGGAAUGAGUCCGGUAAAAUGCCGACUUUUUGAGUUUUAUUCCCCCGCUUCGCUCGGCGCAGCGAGGCAGAAGCAGCGGGUCUUUUUCCAAAGUUGACGGUUAGCUGCAGGGCGCGUGUGAAGGAUCGGACUUAAAGGAGCAGUACACCCCGCUGCAGCCUCCCAACAUGGAGAAGCAGCAGAGCGAUCUGGACCGCGACAGACAGGUCUGUGAACUUUGUGGAAGAAUGGAGAACCUUUUAAAGUGCGGUCGGUGCCGGAGUUCCUUCUACUGCAGCAAAGAGCACCAGAAGCAGGACUGGAAGAAACACAAGCUGAUUUGUAAGGAGGCGGACAAGCCGAAACAGAAUCCUGAGGACGGUCCGUCGGCGGGGGACAGCAGGAAACAACGAGAAAAGAUAAGCACGGAGCAGGGGGAUUCUGCAACCCCCUGCACAGGGGUACCACCAACUCCAAGCACAGAAGCACCUGCUGACGAGGAUGGACCAGGAGAACUGGGGUCUAACACCCCCACCACGCCUAACGGCCAGACCAGCCUCUCCCCUCAGAAACUCGCAACGGAGUGCAUCGUCCCCUGCAUGAACAAGCACGGCAUCUGCGUGGUGGACAACUUCCUAGGAGUAGACACCGGACAGGGCAUUUUGGAGAACGUCAAGUCUCUGUACAAGACGGGCAGGUUCACAGACGGCCAGCUGGUGAGCCAGAAGAGCGACUCCACUAAAGACAUCCGAGGGGACAAAAUCACGUGGAUAGACGGGACAGAGUCUAACUGCGAGAAGAUCAGCUUCCUAAUGAGUCGGAUGGACGAUUUAAUCAGACACUGUAAUGGCAAACUGGGGAACUACACUAUAAAUGGAAGGACAAAAGCAAUGGUGGCCUGUUACCCUGGGAACGGAACAGGUUAUGUGCGCCAUGUGGAUAACCCCAACGGCGAUGGACGCUGUGUCACAUGCAUAUAUUACCUUAAUAGAGAUUGGAAUGCCAAGGAACACGGCGGCCUGCUGCGAAUCUUCCCUGAAGGAAAGGCCCAGUUUGCUGAUAUAGAGCCAAAAUUUGACCGGCUGCUCCUCUUCUGGUCAGACAGGCGAAACCCCCAUGAAGUCCAGCCCGCUUUCUCUACAAGGUAUGCCAUCACCGUCUGGUAUUUUGAUGCAGACGAGCGAGCCAGAGCUAAAGAAAAGUACUUAACAGGUGCAGGAGAAAAGGGAGUAAAAGUCGAACUCAACAAAUCAUCGGAUCUCAGCUAGUAGGACGACUGCAAACUUCCAUUAAGUGCUCUAUCCUAAGAAAGUGGCUUAAAGAGAUCAUGUGUCCGACGGAAAAAUCUUAAUUUACUUUAAAAAACAAAAUAGGAGUACAGAAAUAAAAUCUACAUUACACUUAAUCUGGACAGUGAAUGUCAUAACAUUGUACUGAAAGGGAUUGUAUGCUUUUUUUUUCUUAUUAACAGAGUAUGCAUCUACAGUGCAGCUGAGCUGACUAAAAACAAAAAAAGCUUUAGAUCCUCAUAAUUUGUUGAUUUCUUAAAGGUACAGUGUUUUGCUUUUCAUGUUAUUUUCCUCGCAUCAAGGGGUUUCAUAGAAAAGCUUCAUCAUGCAUGUAAGUUUCCAGUAAAUUCAGGAAUCAUGGACAUUAAAAAAAAAAAAAAACUAAUCUUUGCCAGAACUGCUUUGGUUUUAAAUCUGCAGCUUCAGGUUUUAAUGGCCUUGUUUUUCUGUCUCGCUCAGUAACAUGAACUGUUUGGAGCUUCAGCGUGUUACGCAGAGACUUACAUAAACAUCAUCACAUAGUGGGAUGCAGUGAGACCUGCUUUGAUCUGCUCAGUACAAAGUAGAGUGCGCCCUCUGCAGGACACUUGUGUACACCACCUUUAUGUUUGUGCCAAUUUUGUUUUUGUUUUUAUUUUGGACCUGUGGAUGAAAAUAAAUCGCUGCUGCCGUGGCCGAAUCUC